AUGAUCGUAGUAAUAAGCUCACUGAAAUAAUUCGAAGAGUAAGAAAAAUUCCUUGAUUAUGAUUAAAGUAAUGGUUCAGAAAGAUAAUCAAAUGACUAAGAAUAGAAAAUAGCAGAAACAAAACCGUAGUAAAUUAUUAAUAGUCAUAGACUUUCAACCCCAGAAAAUGAGAGAAAGAUUAUUCAUAUGAUAGCUCAUUCUCAUUAAGACGCUGGGUGGCUAAAAACUGCAGAUCACUAUCUCUAAGGCAGUUCAAAAUAUAUACUUAAUAGUGUUAUCAAAGCUUUGCAUGAGAACUCAGAAAGGAAGUUUAUCUUUGCCGAAAUGUUUUUCUUCUAAAAUUGGUACUACUCCUCCCCGCUUUAAGUUAGAGAAAUGACUAAAAAUCUUAUCAAGAAUGGAUAACUUGAGAUUGUUAAUGGAGGAUAUAUAGCAACAGAUGAAGCAUGUACAACAUACUGGGAGAUCAUGUAAAACAUCAUCAUAGGACAUGAUUUCCUUAAGAGAGAGUUCAACAUUGCCCCUAAGAUCGCUUGGCAUGCUGAUGAAUUUGGCCAUACAGCUGAGAAUAUUAAACUCUUCUAGGAAAUGGGCUAUGAAGCUUUCUUCUUCGGUAGAAUUAGCAGCGAUUAGAAGUAGUAAUUGAUUAGAUAGAAAGAUAUGGGAUUCAUUUGGAACCCAACAUUUGAAAGUUUAGAUGGGUCUUAUCAAAGUAGUCAGAAUGGAAUUUACUCGCACAUAACUUAUGAUCUCUACUUAGCGCCAUGUAAUAUAGGAAUAGGUGAUGGAAUAGGCUUAUCUCUUUUCAACUUUACUCAUUUCUACAAAACAUAAUUCAGAGACUAACCAGAUGUCAAUAAGGCAAAAUUAGUCAGAUGCAUCUCAGAUCAUAUAUAGGGGCAUAAGACUUAAAAUGUGAUGAUAACAUUUGGAGAUGACUUUGCCUAUAUUCAUGCUGAUGAAACUUUUGAUUUUCUGAAACAGUUUACGAAAUUCAUUCUAGAUAUUACUGAUGCUUAUGAAUUUAAAUUUAGCACAUUAACUGAAUUCUAUAGUGAUCUUAAAAAGGAAAUAGAGACUAAAAAUAUAUAACUUAAUUAUUACAAAGGUGAUUUGGUUCCUUUAAAUAUGCACCGCUAUGAACAUUAUUGGGUAGGUCUUUACUCAAGUAGACCAUUAUCAAAGUAUAUGAUGAGGUAGUUUAGUUAUCAAACAUCAUACACUCUAGAUUAGUUUGUAUAAAACAUAUUGAUAAACUCAAACAUUGAUAGAGAAUUAAUAGAGUAAUAUCAAAAUGUAACAAUUGAUAUGUUGUAGGAGUCAAGUCUCAUGAUGCAUCAUGAUGCUAUCACUGGGACCUCUGUUACUAAUGUAGCCUUAGAUUUUAUAUAGAGAAUAAAAAGGUCGAUAUCUGAUCAGAAAUAUUAUAUAACCAACUUAAUACAUAAAAUAAUAGGCUUGUCUCAUGAAACUGAUAUUAAACAAUAUUUUUAUGACUUCUCAGAGAAAAUACAAUUCAAUUUGAUGUUUUAAUCUGCUAAUGAUAGCGUACAGUAUGUGAUAAUACAUAAUCCAUCUAUAAAUAAGGUAAAGAAUUAGCAAAUAAGAUGCUAUAGUGAUGGGCUUUAUAGCUACAAAGUGGAUGAAUACGAUGGACUAGAAAAAAUAUUUAAAUAAAGGAAUUUUGAUUUAUUCCAAUUUACUGAUUCAAGUGGGUUUAAUACUGCUGAUAUCUUGAUUGAGAAAUAACUUUAACCUUUUAGUUUUGAAGUCUUUAGAAUAACUGGUAAAAAGAAGGAAAUUGAUGAGGAAAUUAAAGAGACUGCUAAGCCAAGAGAUAAAAGUCAAUCAAAUGAAUCGAAGGAAAUCCUAUUCAACAGACAAUAGAAAAAUUAUUUGCUAAUACCUAAGAUUCUGACAGAGUCAAAUAAUGAAAUUAGCAACAGGCUUUGUAAUUUGAAAAUUAUCAAAGCAACAGACUAGUUUAUAAAAAUAAAGUUGAAUGAUAAAAGUUUAGGUAUUGAGAGAACUUUUAAGUAUUCAUUCAAAUAAUAUAAAUCAUAUGAAGGCACAAAGUAUUAAGAACAAGCAGGUCUCUACGUCACAAAAGUCAACUAGUAGGAUUCUUUUUAUUACAACCAUAGACUGCUAAGCAUAGAAAGUUUUAAUGGCAAUACUGUUGGAUAUUUCGUCAUUAAGCAUAAACAUAACUCGAAUGGAUAGAGUCACACAAUCAUUAAGUUAUUUAAUAAUCAAGAAGACUGUGGAGACAUUGAAUUUGAUGUUGAAUUCGCUCCUUUAGAGAAAAACGUUGAAGGCACUAUUAACUGGGAGUCAGAUGAUAUAGAUAAUGAUGGAGUAUUUUACACUGAUUCUAAUGGACUUGAAUUUGUUAAAAGAAUAAGACAGUAUGGUGAAGAUGGCCAAGGUGAAGAAAUUAAAUCAAUCCUGCCAGCUAAUUUGUACCCAAUAAACUCAGCAAUAUUCAUUGAAAACCCAGAUAAAACUUCAUAAAUGAUAGUUAUGAAUGAUAGACCAUAAGCAGGUUCAGCAUUCAUUGAUGGUAGAAUAGAACUCAUUUUUGAUCGAAGGAUAGCUACAACAGAUGGACUGGGAAAUGGAUAAGGACAUUAAGAAACAUAUGGAGAUGGUGGAUUAAGGCGUUCAGCUAAUAGAUAUUGGUUAAGAUUUACCUAAACUAGAAAAGAAGCAUUUAAUGUAAUAUACGAUAGAACAAUGAGGAAAAGUAAUCCCUUGCAGUUUUACUACUCAAAAGAUCAAUAAAAUUUUGAAAAGUAAAUUAGACUCCCCUAAAAUAAGCAACAUGUUCAAGCACUUCUCGACUAUUUUAAACUUAACAGCAUUAUUGAUUAUAAGUUAACCCCUGAUCAUGAUUUCAAGAACAUAACGAUUCAUUUAUUUAGAAUGAAUCUUGAUUAAAAUGAUUUCAACCUAGCUAGCAUAGAUAUUAGAAUGAUAUACUAGCUAUUGUGUUAAGUAUCGGAUUAUAAUGGUAGAAAUGAUUGCUUAUCCAAAGCAAGUGCAGUUGAUAUAUAAUAAGUAAGGAUAACUGGGCAACCUAUUGAUGAAGAAUAUAGUAAAUUAUCACUCAGAUAAUCAAUGGUUUAGAUUUUAGCAUUCUAAAUUUCAAACCUUAGUUGA